CCAAGUUAUGGUCGAAACUAGUCGUAAUAUUUUAAAUAAUAAAGGGUACUACAAGUUUUCAUUUUCUCUUUAUUAAUUUGUAAAAGAGUAGCCCAUUCAAGUUAGUGAAGUAUUUUUAAACUUGAACAGAAAUGCAAAACCGUCGACUUGAAUCUUAGACCUCACUUUGCUCGGUCAAUGACUUAAAAAUGCAUCUAAAUAGCAGAACAUGUUGUUUUCCAAUGAAAAUAGUUGAAAAGAUAAUGUGAUUUUUAUUUAAUACAAGUACAAUCUGUAUAGAUAUGUAGCCCAUUUUAUGUGGUACAGUUCAUGCAUCUACUAUUUAAUUUUAUACAAGUGAAUAAUCUUGUCUUUGAUAAACUCUGUACUUCAUCCAAUACUGAGCGGCUUCUUCAUAAUAUCUAAUCUACCAAAAACGCAAUAGAAUCCAAGUUUCUCUAGAAUCUUCUUUAAUUUUUCUCAUUUUUUUGUCUUUAAUGCAUUUAUUUAUUCAUUUAUUAGGUUAUCAUAAACAAUACAAUGAUCGGAGAAGAAAGAACAGGCUAUUGCCCAAAACGUCUUCAAUUUCCUAAUUCAGUUUCAAAUUACAGUAUUCAUGCGAUUUAACAAGAAUAUUAUAUAUCCCUUCUUUGAACUGCGCGAUAUGAUGUGCAGGCUCGUGUGAAGUUUUUUGUACUCUGCAUUUUGAAAACACGUAAGUAAGGAUGAACUAUGGAGGAAAUCAAUGUUCAUGUUCCAGUAACACAAAAAUAUAGCCUGAUUGAAUAGGAAGCAUAAAUAUGAUUAAUUUUGUGAUUCCCAUUUUGACUAAGUAGUCUAAUUACUAGAUUUUUUAGUGGAUAGUUUCUACUAUUCUCAGUAGAUUUUUAGUUCUGCUGAUGAAACAGUCAGUGCCAUUUCGAUUUUAUAUAAAGAUUCUACUCAAAUGAAGGAAUCGUGUAUUAAAAAAUAGUAACAGAACUAAAAAUCUACCUGAGAACCAAAAACAUUAAAAUUUGUCAGACUAGAAACGUACUUUCGAAAUAUUCCAAAUACACAUAUUAUGCAUUCAUUUCUCAUCUAAGGUCAAUCAAUACUAAGCUCAAAAGAAUACUUCGAAUUCUUCAAAUACAAAAUAUGCAAAACUCAUCUACCUCAAGUAAAUGUCAACUUUUCCAAUGAAUAAAAAUCAUUUCCCUAUUUUUGGUAGACCCUUUUUUGAACCAGCAAUCUAUGAGGUACGGUAUUACAGAACAGCUUUCUGCUCAAGGAGAAGAUAGUAUUACAUUUUCUAGUAGGGCAUCUUCUCUCUCACACACACGUAAGCUACUCCCUCACACAGUCUCUCUUUCUCACACACAUACUAAGGGUUAAACACACACUCUCUCUCUCACACACACACCCCUAAACUUUCUAUUCAAUACUAUAACGGUAUAUACAUGGCAUUGUAUCCAACCACCACUUCCACAACUAUCAGGUUGAAGUAGGGAGGGGGUGGAUAUUUCUUUUCGAAUAAGGCAACAGGCAACCACUUCUGCUCAGCAUUCGUCUCUAUGACUGGUCUUUCGUUCAAGUUCAAGACAUUCCUUCAAGAAGUGGUUUGUUAGCGUUUGCUGUUGCUGUUUUUCCAGUUGCAGUGUUUGUUCCUGUUAGCGUGUGUUACGACGUCUGAUCAGGUGAGUAAGAAUUAAAAUUGUUUUCCUAUCAUAAAUUAAUUUAAUUCAAUUGAAAAAAUUUAAUGAACAAUUCACAAAUUUGACUUUGAUGUCCUCAGAUCCUGCAUUGUUUCGAGAUCUUAACUGAAAAUUUGAAUGAGAAUUUUCAAUCUACACAGCAUAACUCAAAAAUAAAAACUAUCAGAAAAAAAUGAUAUUGCUCAUAGGUAGUCAGAUUGCAAAUAAAAGAAUAUCUUACAAUAAUAGGCUUCAGAGUCUGAAAUUUUAUUUUUGACCGAGAUUUCUGGAGUGAUAGAAGUUUUUAUAAAGAGUCUCAAAAGGAAACAAAUUGAGAGUGAUAAUUUAAUUUUAUAAGAAGCUUUUCAGGCCAGAAACACUACGAUUUUUAACCGUGUACCUACCUAUAAAUUCCACUAAUUGAAAUAUAACCUAGCACUUAGAACAAACUCAAAAAUUAUUUGCAUACAUAAUCUGUUUUCUAAGUUCAGUUCAAUUUGUGAUGUUUUUGGAAAUUGUAAAAAAAUCACAGAUUACAUUAUGAAUUCAACAGACAUAAUGAAAUAAAAACACACAUAGCCUAUGUUUUGUCGAAUUCUACACAGUUUUAUUCUGUACAGGACCAUGGAUUCGUGACCACACUGAUCACAUUUUUCAGUCAACUUAAAAAUGUGACUUGUGUGGUGACGAAACCAUGGUCCUGUACCGAAUAAAACUUUGUAGAAUUUGACAACAUAUGUGUCUUUUUAUUUCAUUAUGAAACGGUUCUAAAUAUUGACAAUGACUCAGUCGAAUUUUCAACAGACAUACGUGAUCCCUUUGAGAAUAUUGUACUUCAAUUUUAUUAUUCAACUUAAGUAUUCUGUUUUUCAUUUCUUCAAAGGAGACAUAAAGGCGUCAUGCGCCGACAAAACCUCAGAAGGGCGCACAAUCACAAGCAUAAUGGGGAAGCUGGUGACGCUCGACGUAGCCGUUAACUUUUCUUGGAGGGGAGUGCAACGGAAGGAUCAUAAAAUAGAGAAGAAACCAUUCAAGGAUCUGCUAAUAGCCAAAGUUAUGAUUGCUGCUACAAAACGGUGCUGGCCAGAAUCAGAAUUGAAGCAAGUCCAAUUGAAAGCGGCUACAUGGCUUGCACAAGCACAAUCGAAGUUGGACAAAAUGAAUCAGCCAACACCAGCUACAACAGACCAGCUAAUCGACAUCGAUUGUGAAGAUGAGCUUGUCAAAUAGAUAAGAAUAUAGUACAUAGAAAAGAUAGUAGUGACAUCAUAAACAAUAAAUUAGUAAUUGAUUAUAA